UUCUGUGUGCUGCGCUGUGACCCGCUGCCGGGAGCUGUGAGGAGAGCCCGGCGAGCUGGGAAUCCGCCAUGGUGAUUGAGGGGCCGCCGUCCCCAUGCGGGGAGGAGCCUUGGGAACAGGAUGCAGUGACCUAUGAGGAUGUGCAUGUGAACUUCACUCAUGAAGAGUGGGCUUUGCUGGAUCCUUCCCAGAAGAGUCUCUACAAAGAUGUGAUGCUGGAAACCUACUGGAACCUCACUUCUAUAGGUUACAAAUGGGAAGACCAUAAUAUUGAAGAACAUUGUCAGAGCUGUAGAAGAAAUGGAAGGUGUGUCAUCUGUCACUCUGGAUACAAGGCAUGUGAGCAUAAGGGACAUGGAAAGCAUUGUAGUUCUGUCUCUCUCAGAACAAGUGGAAGCUAUGUGGUAGUCCCCAAUGUGAGAAGACAUGAUGACUGUGAUACAAGUUUACAAUUAACUGGUUUUCCAACUUCAGUGGCAAUUGAUCAACAAACUCUCAAUGGAGAAAAUGAGUACCAAGAAUAUGGAAAUUCAUCUCUCUCAUCUGGUUUAAUGUGUACAUGUAGUGUGGCUCACAGUAUAAGAAAAUGUUAUAAAUACAAUCAGUGUGGUCCAACUCUGAGUUCUUCAAGUUCUCUUCAAAGAGGUGAAAAACCUCAUGUGUUAAGAGAAAAUAAUAAAUGUGAGUCAUCUACUAAAGUCUUAAGCUGUUACAGGCAUCUUAAAACACACCGAAGACCCAUUAAUGAAAAGAAUCUCUAUGAAUAUAAUCAAUGCGAUAAAGUCCUUAGAUGUGAUUGGUCUUUAAAACACCAAAGAACUCAUUUGGAAGGAAAACCCUGUAAGUAUAAUCAAAGAUAUAAAGGCUUUGCAUGUCACAGUCUUCAUCAAGUACAUAGAAUUCAAACUAGGGAGAAAAGGUAUGAAUCUCAGCAAUGUGAUAAAGCCUUUGCAUGUCCCAUAAUACAUAAUAGAAGUUACACUGGAGAGAAACCCUAUAAAUGUAAUCAAUGUAGUAAAGCCUUUGCAGAGAAGAGAAGCCUUCACAGUCAUGAAAGAUUUCAUACUGGAGAGAAACCCUAUAAAUGUAAUGAAUGUGGUAAAGCCUUUAGAGGGAAGAAUAGUCUUCUCAGUCAUGAAAGAAUUCAUACAGAAGAGAAACCCUAUGAAUGUAAUCAAUGUGGUAAAGCAUUUGCAUAUAACAGUCAUCUUCUCAAUCACUUAAAAAGUCAUACUGGAGAGAAACCUCAUGAAUGUAAGCAAUGUGGUAAAGUGUUUGCACAGAUGCGUGAUCUUCACAGACAUGAAAUAAUUCAUACUGGAGAGAAACCCUAUGAAUGUAAUCAGUGUGCCAAAGCCUUUGUACAGAAGAGUGAUCUUCACAGACAUGAAAGAAUUCAUACGGGAGAGAAACCCUUUGAAUGUAGUCAAUGUGGUCAAGCCUUUGUACAGAAGAAUGUUCUUCAUAGACAUGAAAUAAUUCAUACUGGAGAGAAACCCUAUGAAUGUAAUCAAUGUGGAAAAGCCUUUGCAGAGAAGAGAAGUCUUCAGAGUCAUGAAAGAUUUCACACUGGAGAGAAACCCUAUAAAUGUAAUCGAUGUGGUAAAGCUUAUAGAGGGAAGAAUAGUCUUGUCUGUCAUGAAAGAAUUCAUACUGAAGAGAAACCCUAUCAAUGUCAUGAAUGUGGUAAAGCCUUUGUACGAAAGAGUUAUCUUCUCAGUCAUGAAAGAAUUCAUACUGGAGAGAAACCGUAUGCAUGUAAUCAAUGUGGUAAAGCCUUUACAUAUAAUAGUCAUCUUCUCACUCACUUAAAAACUCAUACUGGAGAGAAACCUUAUGAAUGCAAUGAAUGUGGCAAACUCUUUGCACAGAAGAGUCAUCUUCUCAGUCAUGAAAGAAUUCAUACUGGAGAGAAACCCUAUGAAUGUAAUCAAUGUGGUAAAGCCUUUGCAGAGAAGAGUCAUCUUCUCUGUCAUGAAAGAAUUCAUAAUGGUGAGAAACCCUAUGAAUGUAAUCAGUGUGGUAAAGCCUUUGCACAGAAGAGUCAUCUUCGUAGACAUGAAAGUCUUCAUACUGGAAAGAAACCCUAUGAAUGUAUUCAAUGUGGUAAAGCCUUUGCACAGAGGAGUAGUCUUCAAAUUCAUGAAAGAAUUCAUAAUGGAGAGAAACCCUAUAAAUGUAAUCAAUGUGGUAAAGCCUUUGCAGAGAAGAGAAAUUUUCACAGACAUGAAAUAAUUCAUACUGGAGAGAAACCCUAUGAAUGUAAUCAGUGUGGUAAAGCCUUUACAGAGAAGAGAAGUCUUCAUAGUCAUGAAAGAAUUCAUACUGGAAAGAAACUCUGUGAAUGUAUUGAAUAUGGUAAGACCUUUGCACAGAAGAGUCAUCACAAUCAUGAAAAAAUUCAUACUGGACAGUACCAUAUGGAUGUAAUCGAUGUGGUAAUUUCAGAUGUGAUCUGCCAUGUGGUUGCUGAAAACUGAAUGUCUACAAGAGGUACUUUCUGGAGUCCAGCUCCAUAGGGGUUUUAGGUCCCUAAGAGGAGAUGGGGCAUUAACAAAGCAAGGAGACUGCCAUGAUCUUAGCUUGAAUCAGCGUGGCUGCUGCUUUAUUGAAAAAGGACUAUACCCUUUAUACUGUAUAACUGAAUCUCAGUUUAGACUAAAGCAAGGUUAAAAACAGACCUGAUGAUUCCAGGCUAAAAGCAGCUAUCAACCUCAUCACAGCAUUUUUCUUGAGGCAAAAGUGAUAAAUUCAGCAAGUAUCUAAAUGCCUUUGUGGAUGUGAGCCCAUUGUUUCCUCCCAGUGUGCUUUCAUCCUUGAAACUAGGUAUGCCCAGUUAGUAAAUCAUUAAGUUCUCUAUUCUUGGUGUACUCAGAGGGAUACAAUGGGGAUUCUUGUGUGAGAGUAGGCAUAGUUAUCAUGCUAUAUGGUUCCAUGGUCAAGGGAAUUUUUUCCAAGAAUUUUGUUUAAAGGACUGCCUAUGUAUAUAUUCUCAUCUUCCACUGUAGCUCACAAACAAAAUUCCCACAGUAAAAGGGAUAAGGAGACUUUAUCACAUAUGGUGAGAAUUGUUAAAAUUGAAAUAAAAAGAUGCCGGAGAAUUAAGAUCUGCAAUGUCAAAAUGCUGGACCUUUGUCAAGUAGGAAUGGUCCCUGUGCAGUCUACACUAGGUAAUAAACUGCUAAACCACCUCUCAUCCCUUUUUCUUUUAUGAUUCAAUUUAUGAUUUUUUUUUUUUCAAGACAGGGUUUCUCUGUGUAUCUUUGCACCUCUCCUGGAACUCACUUGGUAGCCCAGGCUGGCUUCGAACUUACAGAGAUCUGCCUGGCUCUGCCUCCCAAGUGCUGGGAUUAAAGGCGUGCGCCACCACCGCCCGGCUCAAUUUAUGAUUUUUGUCUUUGUGAGUGCACAUGAAUAGUAUAGUUUGAAAUCAGAUGUCAGCCUGUGUGACCCAGUUCUUAUUUUGUACCAUUUGGGUUCUGAGGAUCACACCAGGUCUGUCAGACUUGGUUGCAAGCACCUUUACCUGCUGAGCCAUGCCAUGAUGAACACUGAGCCCUGAUAUAUAUAUAUUUGAAGAGACUGAUGAAGUUCAGGCUGACCUUGAACUUAAGACCUUUCUGCUUCCACCUCAUUAUUAGGAUGACAAGUUUCACUAUCAAAACGUUUAUGCAGAGGUCUUGUGUGUGCUAAGAAACCAUUCUGUCUAACGAGAGCCAUCUGAUAUGAAAGCAUUGACGUAGCCAGUUCUUCAUACACAGCCACACUGAGACCCUGCCCCAAAACCAAACCAAAACUGCGAACCAACACCAAAUUUUGUUUAAAACUGUGUGUGUGUGUGUGUUUUGAAACAAAGUGUCUCAGUUGCCUAGGCUGGCCUAGAAUUGACACUGUAGCCCUUGAAUCCUGCUCCUUGGCCUUGGCUGCUUAAGUACCUGGAGAACAUGGCUGGACUAGUGAGUGAGCAAGCCAGAGCACAGAAUGGCCUAACUCUGUGUCUGGAGACACACAGCUAGUAGCCAGAGGUACAUGACAAGAUCAGAAUGUUCCUAGGAUAGGGUUGGAAUCCAGAAUCUUUCUUGACAUGGAAUGCUAUCAGUUCAGCAUGGAAGGAUGGAACGAGGCCCAGGAUCUGAUCUCUUUGGGGUUGAAAUGUCCUGAGAACCUUGUGGAGAUACUUUAUUUGUGCAACCCAAUAAAGCUUAUCUGAAAAUCAGGAAAAAGCCAGUCAGUAUAUUAAACCAAGAAGUCGAGCAUUGGUAGCACAUACCUCUAAUCCUAGCAUUCAGGAGGCAGAGAUUCAUCUGGAUCUCUGUGAGUUCAAGGCCACCCUGGGAACAGAGCCAGGCAUGGCUGCACAUGCCUUUAAAUUCCAACGCUAGUUAGCCAUAGAGGUCUGGAGACUUGUACAGAUAGACUGGAAGUGAUGUAGUUGGGUGGAGAGAGGAAGUGAGAUGGCAGGCACAGAAAGAAUAUGUGUGUGUGUAUACAGGAACUGGGGCUCUCUUUGGCUGAGGAUUUCUAGCGAUAAGAACAUGGCUAGCUGCUUUCUGCUUCCCUGAUCUCUCAGUUUUUGACCUAAUAUCUUGCCCUUUUAUUUAUUUAUUUAUUUAUUUUUAAUUUUAAAUAAGUCUACUUAGCCAUUUGUCUUACAAUUGGUACCCAAUGUUUGUGGCAUGAAUUCACUAAUAAACUACUUAUGCCCUUGAA